AUGUCCAAUCUAUACAAUCAAUUGGGGCCUCAAGGGAGAGCUCUUCUAAACAGACAGCCACCAGGUUCCAAUCAGACGGUCGUGUAUGAGAAUGAUAAUCCUGUUCCUCAAGACCUAGACUUCUUAGUCAAUGAACUAAGAAGUCCGUACCCUGACACAACCAUACAAAAGAUCAUGGGGUUCAUGUACCAUUAUUUACCGUUCAUCAAGUUAGAAUAUAACUUACGAAUUGUGUUAUCAAGUUUCCUCAAUAACUCUGUGACUUUUGGUGUCGUUGCUCCUCCUUUUGAAGAGUCGUAUCAAAUCGUAGAGCUCUUUAGGGCCGUUGCUGAAAAGAAGUUAAAGGUGAGUCAGCCUACGCUUUCUAUCAAGACAUGGUACUCUGUUGUGACGCGAGAAUUGGUCAACUUUGUUGCCUACAACCCUUUUCAGAACUCUUGGAAAGUGAUCCCGGUGAUAGCUGGGUUGAUGUUGGCUAAGAGUAUACGAUAUGAGGUGUGUUCUGGGGUUGAAUACGGUUGGUUUUUUAGGGAGACAGACGAGAAACUUCAUAGAUUGUUUGUCGAAUGCUUACGUAACUCUUUGACGGGGUACCAAAGCAAAGACGUUGUAAAUUUGGUGUUGAUGUCUUAUGCUGUAGUCUUUAAUAGAGAAGAUGCUAGUGUCAAGUCUUAUACUGGCAAUGUUGCACCUGAGUUCAUGAUAUCCAAGUUAGUGGAGCUAAUUUUCAGUUCAGAGUACCCUCUCAGUGCCAAUGCUUACAGGGAGUUGUUGAAGUUGGACAUCCAUUCUACCGACGUAGAAGAAGCUCAAGUUCAGAAGAUAUUGCUGCUGCCGGUGGUAAGAAACUUAAACAAAUUGUCAUUCUUAUUGGAGGCUUAUUUGGCAAGCUUACCCCGUACUUCUUCGCUGAAGAGCUUGAAACUGGUGGAAGCCGGUCUUGACACAGUAUUGAGCUUCAAUAAGGAACUCUUCCAAAGAGUUAGUGGGUCUGUACUUAAUCGAGACCCUCUAAGUUGUGCACAAACUCCACUUGAGAGUCAUUGUUGGUUCUUCUUGAAGAAUGUGUUGUUCACCGAGGUCAUUAUGUUUCAAGGCAUCUUGAGUCGUUUGCUUGUGCCUCCCCCACGGAAACAAAGUCUUCAUUUCUUCAGCAGACAAUUUGAUGACACUGCUGAAUGCAAAAAAUUAUCAUUCAUGAUCCUCUAUAAUCUUUUCUAUACUAAUUUCAUCCUUUUAUCCGUGGGUCAAGGUGGAUUUGAUAACUAUAACUUUGUCUACUAUUUGACAGUGGAAUUAGCAUUGAACAGUCCAGAUGUGGAACCCAUGGAAGCGUUCACCAGCUCCAUUGUCACACACGACUUGAAUUGUUGUCUGCCAGAGAUGCUCAACGCCGACUAUUUAGUCAUUAGUAAGGCCUUGUUCAUCCUAGGACUUUGGGAAAGCUAUGUCCAACACAAGAGCGCCAACGUACGGUUUAUAAAGGAGAUCAUAUAUCCGUUUUGUUGGAAGAUUGUCACCAAUAGGCAAUUCACCAACCCCGAGAUGGUUGAAGGUUGUCAUUCAGUAUUGUUGAUUUGUUUAAGUAAUGGUACAUGGUUGAAUUCUUCAUCUACUUCAAUCAAAGAGACUUUGGAGUAUGUUGGAGUAUUAGAUUCCCAAUUUCCCCAGUUAAUCUCUUCACAACAGCUUUCAAUAGCCAUAGAGUCUAUUGGAAAACGACUUUUAUCCUCACCAAUCCAAUACGAUAAUACGUCCAUUCACGCUAAUUCUGGUGAAGAGGUCCUUGACUUUUAUUAUUUCCGUUGUUCAAACACUACCCCAGGUAUCAUGAUCCCCCAAACCUCAUUGACUACCCUGGAAUCGUUCCCCUCGGCGAGACCAGACAUAGAGAUUACCUCCCCAUCGGCAGUAGGUCCUAUUCAAUAUCAAAUGGCCGAUAGAGUGAUACCUGAAACAACCAGAGAAGCAAAGAUCGUGGCGUUUAUACGGCUUGUGCCUUAUAUCCCAUUGUCAACGUUUGAACGGUGGUUGAACAAGGUGCUUUCUUUGGUCCAACACAGCAAUAGGGCUGAACAGGAGUAUUUGCUUAAGAUGUACUGGAGAGUUCUUAGUGAAAACUUGGAUUCCAACAGGAGUGACUUGGCUAUGAGAUGGUGGUAUGAACGGAAACGUAUACCGGAAACGGGACUUAUUAAGUCGAUGAUCUAA